AUUAACGUGCCAUUGGAAGUGGAAGAGAAUUGAAAUCGCGCGCUGUUUCGUUCGCUUGUUUUUAUGCCAAAGUCCAUGGCUGGAUCGCUCAAUUAGUCGCCUGGAACCGGACGGAUUAGCUCAGCGACGCCAUUAACCAGUGGGUUUCUCUCGCCAAAUUCGAAAUGUCAAGAACAGAAAUCCGAACGUAACGAACAACGACCAUAUCGCUUAUCUUGCGCCGCCACGAGAUAGUGGCUAGCCUGCUCCUCCACCUUGCUUGGCUGCCCAUCGGAUUUGCAUCGAUGUUUGGAGCCAUGCGGCUUUUUCACCUGUCCGUUUGCCUCGUUUCACCCACUCCCAAACACACACAGCGUGCCCAGGGAUUGCCGUCGCCUCGAAUUCUGGAAAUACUGAGCCACCGAGCCGUUGUAGCCGCCGCCACGCCCACUCCGGGGCCCCAAGAAUCUCCGGUUUCGAGCCAGUGACGCCAACGUGGUCGCCCGCCGUCGUCAUCAACGUCGUUUCCGUCGAACUGCGAGAUUAUUUAAUGUUGGCCGCAAGUCUUCUGGCUCGCAGAAACGUUCUAGACCUGCCGGCGUUCAAUUCAUGGAGGACGCUCCUCCGGACCGCAACACACCGCCCAUCAUCCACGGCAGCGCCUAAAAUUCAACCCAAAGAGGUUCAGCCACAGCUGCAAUUUACAAGAGGAUUCACUGCCUCCAAAGUAAUGGAUACGCCGGCGGAUGUUUUCCGCGGCCUCACGGAUCGCUUUGCGGGAGUCACUGUUGAUGGUCGCGAGGAGAAGGUGGAUAAAGACAGCUUCCGGGACAAACUGAAAAAAUCCCUGGACUUUUGGACAGCGAAUAAGAACCGGGCGAUCUGGUUCCGAGUGUACCAGGAGCAGGCCGACUGGGUGCCCAUUCUGGCGGAGAACGGCUUCGACUUCCAUCAUGCCCGGACCGGAGUGGUGACCAUGUACCGCUGGCUGCCGGCGGACGAGUCCAGCAACCUGCCCAACUUCGCCCACACGCUGAUGGGCGUCGGCGGACUGGUGAUCAACGAGAAGGACGAGGUCCUGGUGGUGUCCGACCGGUAUGCGAUGAUACCCAACAGCUGGAAGCUGCCCGGCGGCUAUGUGGAGCCGCGGGAGAAUCUCAUCGAUGCGGCCAUUCGCGAGGUGGCCGAGGAGACGGGAAUCCGCACCGAGUUCCGGUCGGUGGUCAGUCUGCGGCAUGCCCACGGCGGCACCUUCGGCUGCUCCGAUCUCUACGUGGUCAUUGCCCUGAAGCCCCUCAAUCUGGACUUUAAGCGGUGCGAGCGGGAGAUUGCGCGACUCCAGUGGAUGCCCAUUGCGGAGUAUCUGCAGCAUCCGCAGGUGCACCAAACGAACAGGCAGUUUGUGCGCACGUUUCUGGACUACGAGAAGCGCGGCCUGACCAUCACAUGUCGCGACGAUGUGCACCAGGUGCUCAAGAAGAAGUACAACCUGUAUUACGUGGAGGAGGAUCAAAAGAAUACAUAAGACUAGGCGGUUCAAUGGCCAAAUCCUUAGUGCAAUUUCUAUUAAGUUUUUUUC